AUGACGGAUACUGUGCACUUCUACGCGGCUGCCGGCCUGCCGCCGCUCCCAAAGCACGUCGUCUUCGUGCUCGACGUCAGCGGCUCGAUGCGCGGCCCCAAGAUGCAGCAGCUCAAGAUGGCCAUGGGCACCAUCCUGGACGAGCUCAACGCCGGCGACCUCUUCUCCCUCAACCCAUUUUCUUCUGCAGUGCGCGUAUGGGAUGCAGACGUGCCCUUCUGGUUUCACUCCACGUGGGAGGGGAAUCUGAACCCAACGUUCAACUCCAGCGCCAUUGUCCAAGCCACAAGCGAGAACAUCGCCAAGGCCAAACGUAGCAUUAGCUCCUUUGCAGCGAAUGAAGGCACGCACAUCUUCAGUGCACUGAAGACAGCGCUGCGCGUGUAA